CCGCGUACACAUGGAACGCAGUCAGUCUGCCCCGCCUUCUCCGCGCUGCAUUCUGGGUAACCAAUUUGAAGGCGAAGCGGGCUUUUGUUAUUUGCUUCUUUGCCGCUUAGUCGUUCCUGGCAUUUCCAGUCAUGGAAACGGAGGAAAGGUCGUUGACUGGCUCCAAUCAUCCGGAAGAUCAGUCCAGGAGCCAAGUGGACCCUGAGCAAGCAGAGAGAUAUGAACUUUAUGUGAAGAAAGCAAAACAGGAAGCCAAGAGUGGAAACCUCUCAAAAUCAAUUGAGUUUUUCCUCAAAGCACGUGAAAUUCAUCCCAGUGAAAAGAUAAACAGUCGCAUAGAGAAACUGCAAGAGGCGCUUCAACAACUGGAGCUGCAAGAAGAACAAGAUGAUGAAUUUAUUGAUGUUUUAAACAGCGGCUUCAUGAUUUAUAAUGAAUUGUACAAUAAGCUUUUUGAACAUCAAAAAGAAGGCGUGGCAUUUCUCUAUAGUUUGUACCGUGAUGGCCGAAAAGGAGGGAUACUGGCCGAUGACAUGGGCUUGGGCAAGACUAUACAAGUUAUUGCUUUUCUUUCUGGGAUGUUUGAUGCUGAGCUCACAAAAUGUGCUCUGCUGGUUAUGCCUACCACCCUAAUCAGUAAUUGGAUGAAGGAGUUUAUGAAAUGGACCCCAGGGAUGAGAGUAGCAGAAUUUCAUGGUGCCAGUAAGAAGGAAAGAACAAGAAACCUUGAAAAAAUUCAAAGAAAGGGCGGCAUUAUAAUUACCACUUACCAAAUGCUGAUAAAUAACUGGCAGCAACUGUCUAGUUACAAUGAAAGAGAAUUUGAGUGGGACUAUAUCAUUCUAGAUGAAGCUCACAAAAUCAAAACCUCCUCCACAAAAACAGCCAAAUCUUGCCAUUCGAUCCCUGCAAAAAACCGUAUCCUUUUAACAGGCACCCCCAUCCAGAACAACCUUCGUGAAAUGUGGGCAUUGUACGAUUUUGCCUGUCAAGGGACAUUACUUGGAACUUCAAAAACCUUUAAAAUGGAGUAUGAAAACCCAAUAACUCGUGCUAGAGAGAAAGAUGCCACACCUGGCGAAAAGGCACUUGGGCUUAAAAUUUCUGAAAACCUUAUGAAAAUUAUACAGCCGUAUUUUCUUCGUCGUACAAAGAGCGAAGUACAACAUAAAAAAACAUCUGGACAGCCUACCAGAGAGCAGGACAAGAGUCGAGGCCCCUCCAUGCCGUCCCUGACGAGAAAAAAUGACUUUAUUGUGUGGGUGUAUUUGUCUACAAUACAGGAGGAGGUAUAUCGAAAGUUUAUAUCUCUAGACCAAAUUAAGGAAUUGCUCAUGACUACUCGAUCUCCUCUAGCUGAGCUAACUAUUCUAAAAAAGCUGUGUGACCAUCCCAGACUGUUGUCUGCUAGAGCAUGUAUUCAACUUGGACUAGAAGGAGAUGAUUACCAUUCCAAUGAAGAAGGUGACCAUGAAGCAGUGACAAAGUUUGAUCAUCUUUCUGAUGAGAUUUUGAUUGAGGAAUCUGGAAAGCUAAUGCUUUUGAUAGAUCUUUUGCAUAAACUAAGAGACGAAGGUCACCGUACCCUAGUUUUUUCUCAGUCAAGAAAAAUGCUUGACAUGAUUGAUCGCAUUUUGUACAACAACAAAUUUAAAGUUAUGCGUAUUGAUGGAACUGUGAGCCUUCCAGAACGGGAGAAGAGAAUAAGCAUGUUCCAAAGCAACAACAAUUAUUCUGUAUUAUUGCUAACGACACAAGUCGGAGGUGUGGGAUUAACGCUAACUGCAGCUGACCGAGUUGUCAUUUUUGAUCCCAGCUGGAACCCAGCCACAGAUGCUCAGGCUGUUGACAGAGCUUAUAGAAUAGGACAACAAGAAAAUGUGGUUAUUUACAGACUCAUAACAUGCGGCACCGUGGAGGAGAAAAUCUACAGGAGGCAAAUUUUCAAGGAAUCUUUGAUCAGGCAAACAACUGGUGAUAAGAAAAACCCUUUUCGUUAUUUUUCAAAGCAAGAGUUAAAAGAACUGUUUUCUCUGGAGGAUACACGAACCUCCUCUACACAGAUUCAGCUUCAAAAUAUGCAUGCAGCCGAGAGGAAAACGGACACUCGCCUAGAUGAACACAUUGCAUAUUUGCAUACCUUGCAGAUUUUUGGCAUUUCUGACCAUGACCUUGUUUAUUCCAAUGAACUGUCUUCUCAAGAGGACUAUGAAUGUGAAAAUGAGCACGAUGAUCAGUAUAUUGAACAGAGGGUUCAGAAGGCUCAUGAGCUGGUGCAGAUGGAAUCACAGCUGAAUGAGCAACUGAUGGACCAAAUCAGGAAGGGUACUGAAGGUGCUUGGUUGAGGCAGAUACCAACAGCUCCAGAGAAACCAAAACAAAGAAGUCUUCCCAAAGAAAAACACAGCCCCCCGCCAGUAACCGUUGAUCUUACAGAGGAUGAUGUUGGAGAAGUCAGCUGCGUCAUGACUAGUUUAGUAAUUAAUGAUUCUAGUGGAGAAGAGGAUGAAGAUCUACCUGCAGCACCUUUUAGCACAAAGCCCCUGAACGAAAACAGUCAUUCUUGUGAUACUUCUCAUGCCACUGGCCCAUUAAAGUUAGAAAACAGUCUACAGAAGAGUCCUGAAAAAAUAUUCAGUGUGCAAGAAGAAAUCAUUGAUUGCGACAGCUCUGUUAUAGAAACUGAUGAUAAGAAUACUCCAAGCUUUAAAGAUGAUAGCAGCGACCCUGCUCCUUCAGUAACAGAACAUGUUUCUUAUAGUCAACCAACAAAGGAUUCCGAUAUUCCAAUUUGGCAUGUGGAGCCAGAGAUAGCUAAUAAAUUAAGACAAUCUUUCGGUAAUAGAACUGAAGAACUUCAAGAGUCUUGUGGACCUGACAUGGAUAUGAAAGAUGGACUGGAAGCUAGCCUGUCUGCAUCAAAGUCCCAUUUGCCUUGUGACUUUAACCUUGUACUGGAUGAUUCUAUGGAAAGAGAUGAAUGCAAUGUAUCAAUGGAAGGGUUAGAAUGUGCCAUGGAAAUAUCAGUAGCAGCUGACAAGAAUGCUAUUUUAGUGCUGGAAGAUUCAGUAGAGAACACAAGUCAAAGAAAUGUCUUGGCCAUAUCUAUGAACUCUGAGAAAGGUGAUAUGGUAGUAGUGGACGAUUCCAUGGACAACACAAGUCUAAGAAAUGCCUUAGCAGCUUCUGACAAAAGAGCAUUGCUAGUGUUAGAAAAUUCUUUUGAAGACUUAAACCCAGAGGGUGAUAUAUCUGAAACGUCCAUGAAACUGGAACUAAAGAAAAAUCUAAAUGAAUCAAUGGAAACUGCAGAUAUCCGCAUCAAAGACUCCCCCUUUGAGGAGGACAUAAAAACCUUUCAUGUAGGUGAAGGCCCUGAGACCGGUAACAAUGAAUUACAAGCCAGUGUUCACUCCGACAGUGAAGAAGAGUUGGUAUUUGUUUCCAAGAAGAAAACUGCAAAAAGAAUCUACUCUGAUAGUGAGGAUGAAACCUCAGUGUAUGUUGAUGAGAAUGACAAGGUAUUUUCUCCUUUCAGUAGUCCUUCUUCUGUUAAAGGAAUAACUGCCUCAACACCAAAAUUGGAUAAGUCUAUAUCAGACUCAUUAUUCCCUCUCCGAAAAAGUCUUGGGCGUCGUAGAUCAAUAGCAUCCAGAAGAUCCCUUGUGCAUGUAGCAGUAGAGGAAGCAGCAGAUGUGAAUGACACAAUUCAAAGUUCAAGUGCUGAAGAGAGUGGAGGAGAGGAAGAUGAAUUCAUCACAUCAGAAGCUGAAGAGGCUGAAGAGGAAGAAUCCGUGCAAACUGAAGAGGAGCCAGUAGGGGAGACUCUGCCCCAUGAGGAAAGCAUUUCACAGCAUUCAGAAUAUUAUGAAUCUGACAGUUUUAUAGUAAAGAGUUCAUCUGGCCAAGAAGAGGGCAGUUCUUCUGAUGAGUCAACUGGAGAGGAUCUAUUACCUGGCGAACAGAUAGAUUACCUUGCCCUAGAAAAUGCAAACCUUAAAGGAGAUGUUUCACUUAGUGAAGAUCCUUACAUCACCCUUGUGAACCGUGGCAAACGGCUCAUGGAUGCUGGGAAAUGGAAAGAAGCACUUGAUUGCUUUUUAGAAGCACUGGACAUAAAACCAGGAGAUCCUGAGAUAAUGAUGAUAACCUUGAAUCUGUAUAGGCAACAGCCCCGUUAAGAGAGAAACUAUUUAUAGAUUCAUAUAUAUAAUUUGUAUGCUAUUCAUAGUUUUGUCCAAGACUGUGCAAGUCUGGUGUUGAUUUGAUGACUGAAUCACAAGAUCAGGAAGUUACUGACAACAGAAUUGAUAUCCCUGUUUCAGAGCCGAUAUGUUAAUUGAUUGUACAGAAAAGUUAAAGAGGAACUGUAACAUGAAGAGAAUACAAUAAAUUGUAGUGUAUGUUUAA